AUUAACAAUCGUUAGGUACUUCUCUUGAUAAUAAUCUUCAAAUGUACUGUGAUUACAUAGUAACCGAUAGUAUUGACCUUAACAUUACGAGUACUAUUUUUAUCAUUCACCGUUAACACACACACCGAGCCGUCAAAACAAGCUGGUCGUGCGGGCCUCAAGAAACAUUGACUACAAACUGUCAAAUACAGAAACAAUAGUGAAGUUGCUCAUCGCUUUCAAUUGUAUUAUUCAAAAACUAUAAUAAAAGGAAACUCAAAUCGUCACUUUUUCCUAGAAAUAUAAUCAUGUCAAAGGAGAGAGCAUACACCAUCAGUCUUAUAACUGAACAAGAUGCAGUACCUGUCAUGAAAUUGGUGAAAAGAUUUUUUUACCUUGACGAACCCUUAAAUCGCGCUGUAGGGCUUUGCACAUCGGAAACAGACCCAUGUCCCGAGCUUGACGAUUACUGCACAAGUUCAAUUUUGGAUGGUCUCUCCUUCAAAGCGACAGAUGUUGAUGGAAACAUCGUUGGAGCAAUGAUCAGUGGAGAGUGUCCCUUGAAAGAGGAUGAUAAUGGCAAUGAUUUGCUUAGCCAAGCUCAGCGAUGUCCGAACCCGAAAUUCCAAAAAAUCCUCUACAUUUUGGCACGGCGUGAAAGUGGUGCUAAACUAUGGGAGAAAUUUCCACAUGAUGAGAAAUUAGUUGAAGUUAAAGUUGCAGCCACUGACACCAAUUGGAGGAAAAAAGGCAUUAUGAAUGCGUUAACACAAGAAACUGAAAAAGCUGUAAAAGAACGAGGUAUUAGAUUACUUCGCCUCGACACAUCUAGCGCGUACUCAGCGAUGACUGCCGAAAGAUACGGUUUUACCCGUUACUAUAAAGCUCUAUACAAAGACAUUAAGAUGAACGGACAGCCGCUUAUAGUACCGGAACCUCCGCAUUUGUACGACUGCGUAUAUAUUAAAGAGUUGUUUCCAUUAUCUAUAACACAAUAAAUAUAAAUUAUCUUUUUGAAACA